CAUGUUCAUUGUGCGUGUGCUAACUUUCUCUCAUGCCGCACAGAUAGACUACUACUGUAUUUUUACCAUUUUUCUUUCACCUCAUAUUUGGUCUCAAAUGCUGAUACUAUGUGGGAAUGCAUAAAGGAGGAGCCAGGAACAUUUCAGGGAGGCUGGAGCGGGGGAGUGAGGAGAGGCUGUUUUUUUCUUUCUUUUUUUUUCUUCUCUCCCCUCCUCUGAUCCUGAGGGGUCCUUUCUCUAUAUAAGGCUUUUGGAGCUGCUCACAGACUGGAGGCACAAGUUCCUGCAUGCAGCCAACUCAUAGCAGAUCUCACGCACACACACACGCACACACACACAAAAGGAAUACAAGACAACUCUCCAGCAAGUGGAUACUGACAGGAAGCAAGCAGAGGUUACGUGUAAACCACCUCUCCUCACAUUUAAACACAAGCCAAGCCUAAAGUGUCAACAAUGGCCUUCAUCCCUCUCCUCUCCCUCCUGCUGCUCUCCUGGCUCGGACCAGCAACCUCUCUCUUCCUGCCCGACUCCAAGGAGCUCAGGCAGCUGCUGAGCCGCUAUGAGGAAGAAGUGGGUCAGAACAGCACCGGCAGCAGCAGCAGGAUCAAGCGUGCCAUCCGAUGGUCAGACCGGGAGGAGAUCCUCCAGCUGCACAAUAAGCUCAGGGGCUCGGUGUACCCUAGUGCUUCCAACAUGGAGUACAUGGUGUGGGACGAUGAGCUGGAGAGGUCUGCCACUCACUGGGCCGAAGUGUGUCAGUGGGAUCACGGACCUCAGGACCUGCUCAUGUCCAUCGGACAGAACUUGGGAGUUCACUGGGGCAGAUACCGCUCCCCCGCCUCCCACAUCCAGGCCUGGUAUGAUGAGGUGAAAGACUACACCUAUCCUUACCCUCACGAGUGCAACCCCUGGUGUCCUGAGCGUUGCUCCGGGCCCAUGUGCACCCACUACACGCAGUUGGUUUGGGCCACCACGAGCAGAGUUGGCUGCGCCGUGCAUGUGUGUCCAAGGAUGGACGUGUGGGGAGAUAUCUGGGAGAAUGCCGUAUACCUCGUGUGCAACUACGCCCCAAAGGGCAACUGGAUCGGGGAAGCCCCAUACAAGAAUGGACGCCCAUGUUCCCAGUGCCCUCCCAGCUACGGAGGCGUUUGCAGGGAUAAUUUGUGCUACAAAGAUUCCCAGCGUUCCGAGACAGAGGACAUGAACGAGGUAGAAAAGCCUCAGGUGCCCGCCGUACCUCGCACCACUGUUAAACCUGCACCCAAACCCAAACCAUCGCCUCCGAGGAAACCAGUCUCCAGGCCGUCUGAUCCAAGCACCCCAUCCUCAAAGAACCCUAGUAACACCUACCUGGCUCAGAGCAUUAAAUGUGAGACCAGACUGAGAGACAAGUGCAGGGGAGUGACCUGCAACAGGUAUAAGUGUCCUGCUAAUUGCCUGAAUAAAAAAGGAAAAGUUUGGGGAACGCUCUACUAUGAUGUGCAAUCGAGCAUUUGCCGUGCUGCCAUUCACUCCGGUGCCAUCGAUGACAAUGGAGGCGUUGUUGACAUCACAAGGAUGGAGGCAAAGUUUCCCUUCUUUGUCAAAGCCACCAAAAAUGGCGUGGAGUCUUUCAGUAAAUAUAAACCAGGAAAUGCAUUUAUGCUGGCCAAAGUACAAGAAGCAAAUGCAGAUUGCUACACCACAGUGGCGGAGAUCUGCCCAUUCAAAAAGCCUCUGUCACAUUGUCCAAGGGUCUUCUGUCCUUCUGACUGCAAGAGUCAGCCCUCUUAUUGGUCACCAGUCAUUGGCAACAACAUCUACACAGACAACUCCAGUAUUUGUAAGGCAGCCAUCCAUGCAGGGGUGAUCCCACCAGACGGGGGCUUUGUGGACGUCCUGCCUCUGGACAAGAGAAAGAAUUAUGUCGGUGUGUUGAAAAAUGGCAUCCAGUCUGAAAGUAAGAGCAACGUGGAUGGAGGCUCCUUCCGCGUCUUUGCCGUGAGGGAAUGAGACUUCCGUCAAGAAGUCCUAAAGUCACCUCAGCUGCUCUUGAAGAGCAGGGCGUGCUCAUAGGUUUGAUACCACGGCCAUUCAUGUGCCUUCAGUGGAAGCAGAGGGUCUUCAUUCAUUGACUCUGUCCCUCUUUAAGUAAAUACAUGUUAAAUGACAUGAUUUUCCUUUUCUGCUUAACAACGCGUGAAUGAGGUUGUAAAUUAUGAUGGAUUGAACAGCUGGUGCUGGGUCUGUGUCAUUUUUUUGGAGUUAUGUUUACAUUGAGGUUCAUAUUUCAUUCUUUUAUACGCAGGAAUGUAUACUGAUCACACUUUAUUUAAUCAGCGUGUACAUACUAUAUGAUAUUUUGUUUUUGUUUCAAAAGGAAUACCCUACAUGUUUGUCUUUUAUUGUCUCUUCUACUCUACAUUUGCCUAGCUUUGAUGAUUUCCGACUGUAAAAUCAAAUGAAAAUACUUUCAUGUUAAAAUGAAGGGCGUGUAUGUAUGUUCUAUUGAGUUUCAGCACAUAGGAUAUGUGCACAUGAUGUACAGAAGGUGUUGCAAUGUGGAGUCCAGAAGUACCAGCUGCUAAUGGGCUUCAAGAAUGUUGGCAAAUUUGUGGUUACAUUUCAUGGCAAUAAGUCAAUUUUGCUUCUACUUCUCCUUUCUACAUUUCCCAAUGAUGGCAUGAAAAAUGAUAUUUUUGCCUCCACUUCCCCACACAAGACAGAUGAAUGUGUCACAGAAGCAUUUUAUAUGUCGCGAUCAGACCAUAAUAUGAAUUAUAUGCUUCAUCAUGUUAUUAAAUAUCAGUAUAUGCACUUUGUAAUAGUCUACUCCUUACUGCGAUGUUUAUGCGAUCAUUUCAGCCCUGAUCAGAAUUUCCUUAUUGAUGUCUAUAAAGAAAUAUGUAUGGACAUAACUACAAACCAUUCUUAUCCUUAUCAUCAGAAAAUUGCUAGAUCCACUAAGAAAAGCAUAUUUCCUCAUUCUACCUCAGUCCUAUCGCUACGCUUGGCCUUCAGGUCUUCAACAUAUAGCGGUUGUAAUAGCAAGUAUGAUAGCUUUUGUAAAAUGACGGGAAUUGUUAAUAAUAUAUGUUUGGCCUUUUAUGCAGCAAGGUCAUGGUUAGAAUGUGUGACUGUGUUUCAAGUCUCGUUGCUUUUAUACAGGCAUGUAUAUAUGCUUUCUUUUUUUUUUUUUUGCACAAUUUGAAAAUAAAAUUUAAC